AACAAACAUGACGACAACCUGAAACUGGUUCGAAUAGUAGGCGGGGAUCGCAGCCAGCCCUGGGCACAAAUAUAAAGCUCAGCCGGCGCCAGUUGAGGUUGACUAAGGCAACGAAUCGGACGUGCUAUAGAAACUACGAAGAAAAUGGUGAAGUCGAGUUUUUUGCUGAUGCUUUUGGUGAUUGGCGCCUGCGUGGCUUUAACACUGGCUGCCGGCGACUGUCCCUCAUCGACCAAGGUGACUAACUGCACGCCCAAAUGUCUGCAUGAUAGCGAGUGCAGCGCCAUUGGCGGCAAGUGUUGUCCAAAUUUGUGCAACGGACGCAGCUGUGCGGCCUCCAAUGUGCUGGGCAACUCGGGUUCCGAUAAGUCGCCCUUUGGCAGCAAGAACUCUGGCAGCUCGGGCAGCUAUUGUGGCAAUGUCAAGUGCGGCAGCUUUGAGAAAUGUGAAACUGAUCGCAGCACCAAGCGGCCCAAGUGUGUGCGCUCUUAACUUAAGCUUGACCUCGAACAGGACACAAUAAAGCCUUUGCAGAUCUGAGUGUUGACAUA